AUGCAGCAAUCAGCUCUUUGGGCUGUCGCCAUGGCCGUCGCCGUCCAAGGCACAGUCGACAACUCCAAGCUCGACCCUCUGCGCUUCCGCCAAGACGGCACCUUUCACAUUUCCGUCUUUUCUGAUUUGCACAUGGGCAUGUAUGCCAACGUCGCCCGCGGCCCAAAGCAAGACGCCAAGUCCGUCUCCGUCCUCGCCUCCGUCCUCGACAUGGAGCAGCCCGACUUUGCCGUCAUCAAUGGCGACCUUAUCAAUGGCGACUCCACGCGCCUAGACAACAGCACCCACUACCUCGACCAAAUCGUGCAGCCCCUCAUCGCCCGCAACCUCACCUGGGGCUCAACCUACGGCAACCACGACCACCAGCCAAACCUCUCGGGCGAGCUCCUCCUCGCACGGGAACAGAAAUUUCCCGGUGCGCGCACGCAGAGCAUGGUGCCCGGCGUCGCCGCCGGCAGCAGCAACUACUACCUGCCCGUCUACGCCGCCACCUGCCGCGACGUCCGCUGCUGCGCGCCCAAGCUGAUCCUCUGGUUCUUUGACAGCCGCGGCGGCUACUACUACCAGCAGCGCGACCGCCUCGGCCGCGCCGUGCACCACCCCAACUGGGUCGACGAGAGCGUCGUGCGCUGGUUCGAGGCGACAGGCGCCCAGCUGCGGAAGAGGUACGGCCGCAUCAUCCCGUCGCUCGGCUUCGUGCAUAUUCCCGCCUACGCCUCGGUCGAGCUGCAGGCGCGCGGCGUGGAUCCGAAUCGCCAGCCGGGUAUCAAUGACGAGAAUGCGAGCCCGCAGGCGCAGGGAUGGUGCGAGGGCGGCACACACGAGUGUCCGUACGGCAAGCAAGACGCGGGCUUCAUGACGGCCAUUUCCAAGACGGAGGGUUUGAUGGGCCUCUUUUCUGGUCACGACCACGCCAACUCGUGGUGCUACAAAUGGGACGGGGAGCUACCCGGUGUCGAGGCCAAGGGCAACGGCGUCAACCUGUGCUACGGCCAGCACACGGGCUACGGCGGUUACGGAGACUGGGUCCGCGGCUCACGGGAGCUUUUCGUGUCUCUAGACAAGCUCAAGGACCUGGUCAUUGACUCGCACAUUCGCACGGAGCUGGGCGAUGUCAUCGGUGCCGUGUCGCUGAAUGCCACGUACGGCCAAGACUCGUACCCUGCAUCGCCCAACGACAAGACAUAUCUGUAG